AUGGCUACUGCUCAAGUGUUGAAAACUGGUCCGUAUCUCGCACGUGUUGCCCUCCAAAAUGCUACUGAAGAACUCUCGAACCAGAUACCAGAUGGAUUCCCUCACGAACUGAACUCUGACCUUGUAUGGAAUGGAAGCGACAUUACUGAAAAGUACAAUUUCGUCUACGAAAUCAAUGCGGAAGAGCUUCAGGAGAUCGAAGAUGCACUAGAAUACUUCAAAUCUCUUAGCAAACCACUCGGCUUCGUCAACAAAGACACAUUUUCUCUUCCAAAGCUGCACACUGAACUGCGCAACAUUUCCGAUGAGGUCCAUAAUCGAUGCGGCUUCAAGGUUCUUCGAGGCCUGCCAUUUGAUAAACAUGACAUCUCGUCGCACGUUGCUCCGAUUAGAGGGCGCCAGGACUUUCAGUACCAGGGAAAACCGGCGCAUGUCGUCUUAGGUCACAUCAAAGACCUAAGCUCGAUUGUGGAUGCUAACAAAAUUGGCGCACCUGCUUAUACGACUGAUAAGCAGGUAUUCCAUACUGACUCGGGUGAUGGUAUUGCCUUGGCAUGCUUGGAGACUGCUGCGGAGGGCGGGGAAAGUAAAUUGUCCAGCUCAUGGACAGUAUACAAAGAGCUUGCCAGAACGAGACCAGAUCUUAUCAGGACCCUAGCUGAACCUUGGGCCAGCGAGAAUUUUGGUGGUAGGGGGGACAAGUAUGCACUUCGACCGUUGCUUCACUAUCAGCCAAAGACCAAGUCUACUCCUGAGAGACUGAUCAUCCAGUAUGCACGAAGGACGUUCACAGGCUAUUGGGGUUUGCCAAGAUCCUCUGAUGUGCCACCCAUAACUGAAGCUCAGGCCGAAGCCCUUGAUGCCCUCCAUUUUCUAGCUGAGAAACAUGCUGUUUCUCUUGGUUUUAGAAAGGGCGAUGUGCAAUAUAUCAACAAUUUGAGCGUUUUCCAUGCCAGAGAUAGAUUCAAGAACACUCUGGAGCAGCAGCGUCAUUUUAUCCGCCUUUGGUUGCGUGAUCCUGAGAAUGCAUGGCCCACGCCUGAGGCGUUGAAGUCAAGAUGGUCCAUACGAAGGCGUGGCGCCUGA